CCCCCAGCACCUCCCCCAGCACCUCCCCCAGCACCUCCCCCAGCACCUCCCCCAGCACCUCCCCCAGCACCUCCCCCACCAGCACCUCGCCCCCCAGCACCUCCCCCCCCAGCACCUCCCCCAGCACCUCCCCCCCCAGCACCUCCCCCCCCAGCACCUCCCCCAGCACCACCUCCCCCAGCACCUCCUCCCCCAGCACCUCCUCCAGCACCUCCUCCAGCACCUCCCCCAGCACCUCCCCCCCCACCUCCCCCAGCACCUCCCCCCCCAGCACCUCCCCCCCCAGCACCUCCCCCCCCAGCACCUCCCCCCCCAGCACCUCCCCCCCCAGCACCUCCCCCAGCACCUCCCCCAGCACCUCCCCCAGCACCUCCUCCAGCACCUCCCCCAGCACCUCCUCCAGCACCUCCCCCCCCAGCACCUCCCCCCACACCUCCCCCCCCAGCACCUCCUCCAGCACCUCCCCCAGCACCUCCCCCCCCAGCACCUCCCCCACCAGCACCUCGCCCCCCAGCACCUCCCCCCCCAGCACCUCCCCCAGCACCUCCCCCCCCAGCACCUCCCCCCCCAGCACCUCCCCCAGCACCACCUCCCCCAGCACCUCCUCCCCCAGCACCUCCUCCAGCACCUCCUCCAGCACCUCCCCCAGCACCUCCCCCCCCAGCACCUCCCCCAGCACCUCCCCCAGCACCUCCCCCAGCACCAGCACCUCCCCCAGCACCUCCCCCAGCACCUCCCCCAGCACCUCCUCCAGCACCUCCCCCAGCACCUCCCCCAGCACCUCCUCCCCCAGCUCCUCCCCCAGCACCUCCCCCAGCACCUCCCCCAGCACCUCCCCCCCCAGCACCUCCCCCCCCAGCACCUCCCCCCCCAGCACCUCCCCCCCCAGCACCUCCCCCCCCAGCACCUCCCCCAGCACCUCCCCCAGCACCUCCCCCAGCACCUCCUCCAGCACCUCCCCCAGCACCUCCUCCAGCACCUCCCCCCCCAGCACCUCCCCCCACACCUCCCCCAGCACCUCCUCCCCCAGCACCUCCCCCAGCACCUCCCCCCCCAGCACCUCCCCCAGCACCAGCACCUCCCCCAGCACCUCCUCCCCCAGCACCUCCCCCAGCACCUCCCCCCCCAGCACCUCCCCCAGCACCUCCCCCAGCACCUCCCCCCCCAGCACCUCCCCCCCCAGCACCUCCCCCCCCAGCACCUCCCCCAGCACCUCCUCCAGCACCUCCCCCCCCAGCACCUCCCCCCCCAGCACCUCCCCCCCCAGCACCUCCCCCCCCAGCACCUCCCCCCCCAGCACCUCCCCCAGCACCUCCCCCAGCACCUCCUCCCCCAGCACCAGCACCUCCUCCAGCACCUCCUCCAGCAUCUCCCCCAGCACCUCCCCCCCCAGCACCUCCCCCAGCACCUCCCCCAGCACCUCCCCCCCCAGCACCUCCCCCCCCAGCACCUCCCCCCCCAGCACCUCCCCCAGCACCUCCUCCAGCACCUCCCCCCCCAGCACCUCCCCCCCCAGCACCUCCCCCCCCAGCACCAGCACCUCCC